GGGAAGUUCCAAGUUCCAAGGUGUACGACGUAGUUUGAACAUUUAAAAUGAGCCAAAUCAUGCGGAAGGAUUCGUCAAUCGCCACAGCGACUGGUGGCGGACAUCGGCAUCGUUCGAUCGACAUUGGACACGGUGCGACUGGAAGUGAGUCAUCGAUCAUGGAUCUACACCAUCGGACGGCCGGACCUCCACCACGGUCGGCACCACCGACGGGUGCGGGCAGUAGUGGAAAGCUCCCGUUGAUGGAAAAACCUCGCACCAUAAGCGAUAGCGAGUCGGAGAUAAAUUACGAUCUAUUUAACACGAGCAUUCACUCGGCGGAUAGCGGAUCGGCGAUCAUGAAUGCGUCACAGAUUUCCACUACCUCUUGCGAUUCAACGCACAUCAAGAGUGCCAACUUGACUCGCUCACAGAAUGCUGCUGGGUCCUGUCGCUUCCCGAAGCUAGAAGAAUGUGCUCACUUCCAUUAUGAACGAGUACAGCUUGGUAACCUUUCCGUGCAGCUCGAAGGUGAUGAACGUAGUGACUCUCAGCUUGGUCUAGCUUCCGAUCUCACCGCCUCCCAGACAAACUCCAUCGGACCCUCGGGACCGAUAGGUUCUGCUUGCCCCACGAAGAGUGGUAUUAAUCUUUGGUUUAUUAUACGCGUUACCGCUGGCCGAUCGGAUCCAUUCAUGAUUAAGCGCUCGUACGAGAAUAUGUGCUUCCUGGACGAGAUGCUGCACCGGUGCGUGUACGAUCGGCGUGUCAGCGAGCUGGAGAACUUACGAGAUGUGCUAAUAGCCCUUCCGGACGGUGGCGGUGAACAGCGGAUGGAGAGAAGUACGAGCGACGAGCAGCACCUGGAAAAGCUAGUCGGCACCUAUCUGGCCCGGCUGUCGAUGAUUGCUUCGGAUGCGAUGACAUGCGGACCGGUACUGACCUGGCUGCAGAUAGACAACAAAGGUCGUCGGUUGCCCGUAGCGGACGAGCAGACAAUGCGUUGCAUCAACACGCCAGCGGUCGGGGCAGCGUACGGUGUGCGGCGCUACGUGGCACAAGCGUGUGAUGAAAUCUCCAUCGAGGUGGGUGACAUGAUCUCCGUAAUCGACAUGCCAAGUCCGGCUGAAUCUAUCUGGUGGCGAGGCAAGAAAAGUCAUCUGCAAAAGAACCAGUACGAGGUAGGAUUCUUCCCGCAGAGCUGUGUCGCCACGAUCGGCGAUAAGGUGCCACGACAUAUGCCUUUCCCGGCGCCCCUCGUCGGGUCACUCGCUGUGUCUCCCACAAAGCCUGUUCUCCGGAAACACGGCAAACUGAUUGCAUUUUUCCGAAGUUUCAUUCUGUCACGACCUUCGCGCCGACGAUUGAAACAGAGCGGUAUCUACAAGGAACGUGUGUUCUCGUGUGACCUGGGUGAGCAUUUGCUAAACAGUGGACAGGACAUUCCAAUGGUACUGAAGUGUUGUGCCGAGUUUAUCGAGGAGUAUGGUAUCGUCGAUGGUAUCUAUCGGUUAUCGGGCAUUACGUCUAAUAUUCAGAAGCUAAGACGUGCGUUCGAUGAAGAACGCAUUCCUGACCUGACGCAUCCGGACAUUAGACAGGAUAUACAUGCAGUCAGCUCAUUGCUAAAGAUGUAUUUUCGCGAGUUGCCAAAUCCGCUGUGCACAUACCAAUUGUACGAUCAUUUCGUUGAGGCAAUUCAGACCCGCCUCGAAGCACCGACCGAUCUGAAGCUUCGUCUUAUCCGACAAACUGUACAGAAGCUUCCGCCACCACAUUACCGUACCCUGAAGUACCUUGCAACGCAUCUGUUCAAGAUUUCACGUCACUCCUCUAGCACUGGUAUGACUGAGCGCAAUAUUGCUAUCGUUUGGGCACCGAAUUUGCUGCGCAGCCCUGCACUGGAGUCGGGUGGAGUGGCUGCUCUACGCGGCGUUGGUGUUCAGGCUGUUGUGACCGAAUAUCUGAUCAGCAAUUGUGAGCAAAUCUUUGAUGAUACUGCCGAUGAUUUCGGAAGUCAUUACGUUGAAUCGCAACCGAACUCGUUAAGUGAUAGUAACAGCGUACAGAACUAUGGGGGUGCUGGCAGUGAUCAGCAAGAGCUCUCGCUAUCUAUGGAACGUCCGAAGAGUUUGAGCGUCGGAGGUGCAAAGCUGCUUAGUCUGGAAGAAGCACGGAUUCGAAAGAAUUGCAUGGAGCAGAAUGAAAAGACGAUACCAAUCAACAUCACUAACCCUUCUACACACAUUGGUUCUUACAUAGAAGUUGGAGGUGGUCCUUCCAGUCUGCCAGACAAAUAUCACACGGUUCUUCCGGUACCUAGAAGCUGGAAUAAACGAAAAUCGCAUUCGUCCUGGAAAUCGAUCUUCACUCGUCAGCCGCGGCAAUCCAAUAGCAACAGCGAUAUCAAAGGUGGAAUGGCGUCUGGGACAACAUCGGGCAAGAACGCAGCAAUGGUCACAUCAGCGAUGCAACCCGAAAUUGGUAGGUCUAGCUUAGCUGAGGUAGAAGACAAGGACUCUGAUCAUCGACGCAGCGUUAGCAUAAAAGAAAGCUCUAGUGGAUUGUUGGAUAAGAUGGCCAAAAGUUUACUGUUUUCAUCUGGCGUCGAUCUAUUCGAUGGAAAGAAUUUGGCUAUUGACAGCAACUGCGUUCGAUCGAACUCGGUAGAUAGUUUGCGUACUGCAGGACACAGUCGAUCUGUUUCGCACGACUCCUACUUUGAUUUGUUACAGUCCCCCAUACGUGGUGGAACAGUGGCUAAUGGAACGGUGAGCGGAGGUGGAGUCGUCACAUGUCCAUCACGCGAACUGUCCGAAUUGGGUCUGAAUUUUGAUCGAGAAGAGCCUGAAAUGAGAAUAUUCUCCGAAAGUGAAAGUCUUGUGAGCAGCCCGAAGGUUGCGAAAGAGUCGGUACGUCGCACUUUAAGAGCACGGCCGGAAGACUACAUUGGUAGCGGCCAUAGUGUCAACCCUAGCCCAAAGAAGCAGCCGCGACUGAACAUACCCAGUCCUUCGCAGGAAACCAAUAAGCAAUGGAACAUGGCGGCCCUGUCGUCGGGAAGUGGCAGUCUCAGUCAAGACGACGAAAGCCUCUGCAAACGCUACAAGCUAGAAGAUCAACUAAGCGAUAUUCAGUUUAUCGAUUGCAGUACGCCCGAACACACUUCACUCGGUCUCAAUACUGGGGCGCAGGGAGGAUCGACCACAUCCAGCACAACGGUAGUAAACACUAUCUUUACUAGUGCCCAGGUACACAAACCACCGCACCAGGAGGACUCUGCGGACGAACAGCACGACGAUGAAACACUUGCAGUGGGCCUGCGUAACUCCUAUCCUGGUCCGCAGUAUGCAUAUGGGAAGUUCAACUCAUCGCCCGUAAAGGAACUACGCUUUAGCUAUCCUGGAUCUGGCGGAGGUGCUGGUGGAAAAGAAAAAAUAACCAGAAAGGAAAAAUCAUCACACCCAGCGACUGCAACUAAUUCUGUCGUUGAAAAAGUUCAAUCAAUGAGCGUUGACGAACAAAGUCAACCGCAAUCGACCACGCUCGAUGUGAUUGGGUUGAAGAAAAACGAAAGUUCCUUGUAUGAAAGUUUUCUGCUUUCUUCUGGUCAAUCGAAACCUCCGAAAUAUCCUGGCCGUUACAGCUACCACCAUCCCGGCACGUCGGAUGUCGGUCGCGGUAACGGAUCCGGUGGUGGCGCCGGUGCUGAUGGCAGUAGUGAAACAAGAGAAGGCCAACAAUCUUCGGCCGUACCGCGUAGCUGUUCCGAGAACGUGAUUCGCAGAACGGGCCCAGAACUGUUUCCGCCUUCUCAACAAUCUCAUCACCAUCAUCAUCAUCACCAUCACCACCAUCACCAUGGUCAGUCCAAGCAACAGUUGACGACCGUACACCCACCACCGCCACCAUCAGCACCGUCGUCAUGUACCGGGGCGAAAGCCAGCACUCCGCAAUCGCCUCCAGUUCCGAGUCCGUGCUACUCGUUGCUGAUCGGUUCAACCAGUUCCGAUACCACGAGCAAUAGUAACAUCACCACGCCCGUGUAUGACGACAUGGACAUUACAGGUGACUUCACUGCCCAUCUGGAACAACAGCAAAAUGCCAAAGAAACGCCCGUCGAUGAUUCACCGAACACUACGCCCGCUGGCGUAAAAUCGACGACUGUAAAAAAACACGACCUGAAAGCAAUGAAACGGGAACUUUCGCUUGAUCUAAGUGGUACAUCUACGAAGUUAACCGGUUCGGCAAACUUCACCUCGGACAAUACGACAACCAACACUAGUCAAUCCCUGACCCCUAGCGAUUUUGCUUACCAGAACCUUAACCCAGACCUAUCACCGAACGGUGGUCUAGGUACAACCGGCGAAGGUUCCGUGAUUGAGAUGACCAGCUUUAGCCAGAAGGCAGCCAAAUCACCAGGUACGCCAAUCAAAGCCACCAUCAAUAUUACGUACAAUGUCCGUUCACCCGUUCGCAAAGAGCAGGAAGGAAACGUUUUUCGAUCCUGCUCGCCACCGAGGAUCGUGGACGAAUGUUUGACCACGAGUUCAGAUUUAAUUGCGGAAGAAGAAUACCAGCGCGAACGUCGUAGCAUCUACGAAAAUAUACUCGUCCCGACGGUUGAGGAGGACGAAGAAAAGGAUGAAGCGAUAGAUGACACAUCGCCGUCGAAGCGUUUGCUGGAAACUAACUUUGACGAAACGAUGGUAUACGAACAGGUAAAGUUUUUGAAAAACGUUGUCUCCGAAGUGAACCAUCUCGUGAAGAGCCAAGCUGAAGCUAAACCAAUGGAAGAGCAGAGUGAUAGUGAGGAAGCGGCAGUGGCACAGCGAAUAGUACCUGAUCUGAAACCCUCGGUCACGAAGGAUGUAGCCUCAACUACUGUCCUGAAAGAAACAUCCACCGUAGAAGAUGGAAUUAACAAUAAUCACAACGAUAAUAGUAUCGUAGCGAAAAAUGAUGGAAACAUUCGGAAACAGCAUUGCUGUGACCGAAAAGCAGAGAAAACAACGAAUGGUGUGAUACCCAUGAACGAGGAAGAAAGCGAAGAUGUCCCCAUGUCGGACGUUAAUGAGGACAGCUUAGAGUUUGACAACACAGACGUAUCGCUGUACGAGAAUGUGGAACUGCGGAAGAAAUCCAACUAUCCACUGUAUGAGAAUGUAGAACGCUCCAACACAGUGCAGUCGUGUUCACCGCCAACCGCAAACAAUCCGACGGAUACACUGAAAUCGGUAUUGACGGAGGAUGAGUUCUCUUCCCUGUGUGCGGACAGAAGUGAUCUGGACAACGAAAUGGAAUACCGGAUAGAAAUUCCACCCAAAAUAGAGCUGACGGUGUCCCCGAAAACGAAGAUGAUGGUAACGGACGCACCGGAUGCGGUAGAGACGGUCGUGAGCGUUAAACAACUGGCAACGAAAUUCGAAACCAGUCCGGUAGAUGUCACUCCACCGUUUGAUUUCAGCGGCAUCAACCGUGGCCACAAUCAUCAUUUUAGAUCAUCGUUAAACAAUGGCAAUUACGGUGCAAGCGAACGAGUAAUGAUUCGCAAUAAAUCUGCCACCAACAAUGGUGGUUCUGGUGGCGUUAAAGAUGAUCGAAAUGCGUUUGCAAGCUUUACACGAAGUCUUGACGAGAAUGCGUUCGUGCGCGAGUUUGGCAGCGGUCGGGGACGUUUGGAAGGUGGUGGAGCAUUUGUCGUUGUAGGAAAUACCGCUUUCAACAAAAGCAGUCAGCAGAUACAGGCGGUGGAAAAGAACAUUCUUAACGAGAACAAUCCAAAUCGACGAAAGUCGCUAGAACUGUCGUUAUCUGCACGCCCUCGUAGCAUGAAUCAACCAAAGAAACUGCCCCCACUAGGCCCCAGCGGAGCUUCAAUGGGUGUGGAAAAUGUGGAUAUGAACGGUGCUGAUGACGGUAGUACAAAGGGCAAAGCAACGUCCGAGUGUUGCCGCUCGAAGGCCUUGCAACUUAGCAGUGGUGGUCACAAACAGACCAUUGGCGGUAGUCCGACCGAAUCGUCCAGCAUGAAGCUAGAUCUCUCGAUGAAAAUCGAAGAUACCAAAGAAGCGCGCGCCUAUAAUGUGCGCAUUACGCCGACCACAGAGAAUCGGAUAUCGCUGGUGCAGUACAACUAUUGUGAUGGGCCCACAAAUAACAGUGGCACAGACAGUGUGAUGACGGACGGUGGGACUGGUUCUCCCACCGGAACACCAUUGAUGCGUGUGGUGGGUGGCCGCAAGAGUGAAAACUAUGCAGAUGAUGAUCGAAACAGCCUGACAAGCUUGAAGAUGCUUGGCAGCUGCAAACUCGAUCGCUCGCGGAUCGAAAAGAUUAAGGAGGAGAGGCGACACCAGCUGAGCGAAAAAUAUCGUUCCGAGUCUUUUAAGGGUGAACGGGCAGACUACGGUGGCGGUGCGAAUGGAAAGCUAAAGUCAAAAUCCAAAUCUGAACUACGGGAAUUCAAGGAAGGUGACGUGGUAGCAGACCGGGCAGACAAGAAGUAUGAUUCGUUGCGCUUCCGCUCAAAAUCCCGUGCCGAAUUGCUUUCGUCCGAUGGUCCCUUCCCGUUGGUCGAUUCGGGCUGCAAUCCCGUAACAGGAAAGAUAGCAUCGUCGUCGUUAAACACGGUCGCCGUCACAACGCAGCCGGCAGGACUUCGUCCAACGGCACCAAACCGUACCAGACGCAUCAGCGAUGAAAAAAAUCAAAACGAUCUACCAUCGGUGGCUAAUGCUGCUGCAGGUCCGAUCGCAAGCGACGCUUCGAUGUCACAGGUGUGCGAUAACAAGUUCGAACUAAAAACACGCCAAAAGUUUGAUGUCAAACGUAGCAGCAUGGACUAUCCCGUUUCGUCCGCGCCAUCUAGCUCAACGAACGACGGCAAAGACAUACAACCGCCGCAACAACGCGAUCAGCGGCACAGCUUCAGCAAUGGCCGGAGCGGUAUUGUCGUGACACGAAGCAAUUCUUCUAGCAGCAGCAGUGCGCAACGAGAUCGUUGCUCGCCUCCAAUUUCCAUUAAAGACGUUGCCGCAAUGUUUGAAUCGAGAUCGCAACAGAAUCAAUCUUAACGACCACCAAACCAUGCAGAAAAAUGGACAAAAUACAGCGGAACUAGUACACUAUUGUUUAUACACAACUAAUAUGACGAUUGUCGUGAUGAGAGAAGCUACAUACUAUUUAUUACAAUACAUUAAAGAAGUUUUCCUAAACCUAUUAUACUACAGUCAACGGUAACUCAGGUGUUGAAUGAGUAUUCACCAUUUAUGUGCAGCUAUGAUAGUGAAUGUCAUUAUUACGGUAAAACGAUACAACCCAGUUGAAAUAGGAGCAGCGAGAAUCAAACGUUGACAGCGGGCAGCGGAUUGCACUGUCGGUUGAAAGAUUUCUUGCAGUUGUGUGCUAGCGGGACUCUUUUGUUUCCCGUUGCACUCAGUAUUUCUUAUAAGAAUGUGGCCAAAUUUAGCUAAACUAUUGAACAUUGAUACUUUUUCCUUCUUAUACUGUUCACCUAAUUCAGCAAAUGAGGUGUUUGAAAGCAUCAAAAAUGAAACAGAGUAGUUAAAUGGAAAUGAUAUAAGAAAAUAAAUUGGUAGUGAAGCGUUACAUUAACCAAUGGAGAAAGACAGAAUAAAUUUUGAGCGAAGACUAUGAAAGCAAGUAGCACACGUAAUCUUUAAAUGCCGCUGCUAGACCAGCACGAAAAUUGUCGAUAGGCGAAAGUCAGCUCUAAAGGCAUACUGCAUACAUAAGUUGUAUAUAGAUUUUAUGUUACUAAUAGUAUGUUAUUGAUUAACAACUAAUUCGCACUCACUUUGAUGAGAUUUCCCGUUAAUCACUCAUUACGUUCUGAAGAGUGCAGUUAUCUACCGAUACACAAUGCAUACAGUUGUGCGAGGAUAAAAAAUAAACACAUCACAAGUUGUUUUAUCAUUUUAUAUAGUUUAGCAAAUUUGCUUAACAACUCCUGUGUUCAUGUAACAUGCGAAAGAUAAGGAAUAGUUUCGUAUUAGUAUAAAAAAGAACAUGCCAAAUGUUCAAAGAAUGUUCUACUUCAAUGAGAUUUUCUUUUGGUGUUACUUUUAAACAACGGUCCAAGGAACAGUUUAAAGCUUUGCUUAAGUUUAUCGUUUAAGCAUCUUUGAAACAUACGGUUUCGGUUUAUUCGGCUUACAAUCACUGUCGGUUUAUUGUUUGUUAUGAAAAUUGUUUGAUAGAAAUAUUUACUCUUUGUUAUUGAUCACUGCAUACUGUGUUAUAAUUUGAUAGAAGUGAAAAACACCGCUUUGGGGAAAGAAAGUGAAUUGAACAAGCAUAUUAUAAAGAUUUCAAGGAACCACCACAGAACAGAGAUGAACAGAAGAAAGAAGAUUGAUUGUGUGUAAGAGAGACAAUAAAGGCAGCAGAUAUUAGAAAACCCCAUCAGACAAUUCGGGAAGAUGAUAAAAUUCGUCAGUAACAAAACAUUAUUCGUGGUAGAGAAAGUAGAGAAAAGGUUUAUACAAACAUCUACAAUUCUUCAACCCAAGGCCAACACUAAUAGGAGCUGCAUGUGGGCAGAACAUUUUUCUAAUCUUCCAAUCGUUUUGUACUUUGACUAAAAAAACGAUAGAGUUCCAUCAUUUUGUGUAGGCAACAUAAAUGCAAGACGAAUUGUAAACUAAUUGUGGAGGGUAAGCUAGGUAUUGAUAUUUUUUAGAAUUUCGUAAACGACGAACAAAGGAUGCUUAUAUUAAUCACUUUUUACCAGACAUAAAACUACAAUUUGCAUUGCCAUUGCUAUCGAUCGCUUUCCCUUGUCAGGAGUAUAUCGUGGUUCGCCUUGAUUUCUGCUUGAAAUCGUUUGAAGCUUCACUCUGUAAAUAUAUGAAAUAGUAAAAGAACUGAAUUUCAAUGAAUACAGGCUCUAAACUGCUAAUGGGAAACGGAAUAAAUUUUGCUUAAUAAUUGUGUGACGAUAUUGAUACAAUCUCUUUCUGCCUGUUCAGCCAUCCCGUGCUUUUUGACUUACCAAACUAUUAAACAUAGUUUUUUUCCAUGAUAGAGCGUGCUGGGUGACAAACUGUUCGAAACAAUAAUGCAUAAGUAGGUCGUUAGGCCGUUAGGAAUGUGAAUCAGAACGGGAACUGACUAUGAGGAAUGAAACAACACACUUCUAAACAUGGUGCAGAUUUGAAUGCAAUGAACUGAUAUUGAAAGAGAAACCAGCAACGUGUUAAAAGUAAAUAGAAAUGCAAGGAAAUGAUAGUUGAUGAUUACAUACUACACGAAACGAUAUAAUACGAACUUUUUUUGUGGUUCUAUACCAGAUUAACAACAUAAAAUACAUUACUAAACGUCAAACAGCUGUACAAUCGUCGACAUUGCGUUGCUUCUUAAUACACCUUUUUUUAGAUUUAUUGUUUCUCGUACAUGUUAGAGCAAAUGCUUCUUAAAAGGAUAUUCUAUUUGCUUGAAAUAUGGAACACGGUUUGAUGGGGGAAGGUAAUGCUUGGUGUGUUAACAUAAAGAUAUAGUGAAAUGUGAAUUUACCGAGCGAAUGGUAAAAUUAAUAUGCAGAUGCAGAUGGUCUAGUGAGGUGACGUACGAUAGCAAUAGGGAGAGCUCGUUUUAAGCUCUCAGUGUGAAAUAGUAGUAAAAAUGAGGAAUGAACAAAAUAAAUCUGGCAUCGUGAGCGUGCGUGUGAUUUUGUGAGCGUUUGUACGAAAAAAGUUACAGAAUGAAAGCAAACUUCAAAAGAAGCAGAGAAAAGGGAAAGCUAGAUCAAACGGACAUAAGUAAUUGCAUGAAAGCCGUCAUGAAAAUGUUGAACGUUUGCUUUUCUUGUUUUGUUCCGACCCGGUAAAAGGUGCGUGCUUUUCCAGUGCGUUAAAAACAAAACAAUUUUGCAAGAGUUAUAAAUAAAGAAACCGAAAAAAUGUAA